CACGGCACCUCGAGCCGAGUCACAUCCCGGGGCAGCGGGUAUCUAGUGCACCCGCGGCGCCGGCUCGUCGCGUAUCGAAACUACAAGUGUGUCGUUGUAAUGUGAAAUUACCUCGUUUAAUGAGGGGACAGUCGCAAUUGGUGAUUUUCGUAAGCUCGCUGGGAGUGAGACGGUGCGAGCUUCGCCCCUCCGCCGAGCGCCCAUUCAGCUGCGAGUAGUCGGUCGCCGGCCACUGCGACGCACGCGCGCGCUCACACCUUGCCACUCUACUCUCCGGAUACUACUCCAAUUUUGACAUGACCGGUUCGGAACACGAACGCGAACGAUCGACCGGUGUCCACACAGUGUCUGCUCACUAGUGAUUUCUCUAAUUGGUGCUUUUGAGUGAGUGUCGCCGGGAAUGUACGAGAACUCGUCCUGGACAACUUUACAAUGGCCCAAAUUGCAUUAAAUGGGUAAUUGGUGUGCUGUUAUAUGAAGUCACAAAACAAUGAACAGUGAUACAAAAAGUAUGAACUUCUUCCCCGCCACGUGACAAUAGGAAAAUCGCCAAAAUGAAAAAUAGUGAAGAGUGUUUAGACUGAUAAUAAAAACUGAACUCAAACGGAAACAGUGUGAUAUUUAUUGAUCUUAUUUAAUUGUUUAGUAAAUAGUGUAAUUAAAGUCGUUGUAAAUAUAAAUAUAAGUGAAAAGAACUAUUAAAAACAUCGGCCUGCUGGCGGGUUGUGAUACGAACUUCGAGAGCCCUCAGCAGACCACUCAUCAAGGCGACGGCGGCCAUCGCAGGCAUGGGAAUCAAAGUCAUGAUGAAAGCUUUCAAUAAGCCAAAAGACAUCCCGUCACAGGUGCCGCCAUUGACGCCAGGCACCAACAAGAAAAUGGCCGAGGCGCUGAAGGCUACCUUCGCCUCCUGGGAGAAGGAGCAACUGCGCCUCGGCGUACCCAAAGACCCUCGCCAAUGGAACGAGGCGGCGGUGGCAGCGUGGCUGCGAUGGGCAGCGCGGGAGUUCUCCCUGGAAGGCGUGGCCCUGCAACAGUUUGCCCGCACACAAGGCAAGGAUAUCUGCGCCAUGGGACGCGAGGAGUUCGUCGCACGCGCACCCGCUUUCAUGGGAGACAUCCUUUGGGAACAUCUCGAGAUAUUACAAAAAGAUGUGGAGAAGGAGCGAUCGUUGCUAGCCAACGUACCGCCGAACAUGUACGAGAGCAACGUUUGUCUGCCGGAGCUCCCAGAGUACAAUAUUCCGCCUCCAGCACACCACUACAACAACAACAACAAUACCGGCGGCUACACUACUGGCGGUCCUCGCGAGACGAACGCCUACGGGUACUCGGAACCGAGCGGUGGAGCUGCACCCGCGCCAACAGCGGGUUCCCCCCUCGACGAGUACUACCCCCCAGAGUACCCGCCCGGCCCCCCUGCGCCCCCUGCGCAGCCCUACAUCGACGAAUACUACCACCAUGCGCACGCGCACUCCCAGCCGUUACUCACACACGAGCCCAAAUACCAGCCCCAUGCCUACAGCAAGCCUUAUCCAAGAGGCGCUGGCGGCCGAUAUGGUGGCGAAGGUUAUGGCGAAAGCUACGUACAAGAGUACGGUGGCGCAUGCGCGGAGUGGAACGAGUGGCCUGCCGACCAGCACGCACUCAUCCCCCAGGACAAACUCCCGUACCCUGCCACAGGACCCUGCUUCACCGGAUCAGGGCCGAUACAACUGUGGCAGUUCUUGCUGGAGCUGCUGACUGACAAGAGUUGCCAGGGAUUCAUCUCGUGGACCGGCGACGGCUGGGAGUUCAAACUUACCGACCCUGAUGAGGUGGCUCGGCGUUGGGGCAUCCGCAAAAAUAAGCCGAAGAUGAACUAUGAGAAACUGUCCCGUGGGCUGCGCUACUACUACGACAAGAACAUCAUCCACAAGACGGCUGGCAAACGUUACGUGUACCGCUUCGUGUGUGACCUGCAGAGCUUGUUAGGCAUCUCACCUGAGCAACUGCACGCAAUGUACGAACCCAAAAUGGAGAAGAAAGACGAGGACUGAACGUGGCCCGCCUCCACAUCGCUCCCUUCGCAGACACCUCCAACCCAACGUACUAUUAGCUACACAUCUCUAGCAUACACAGACUGUCUCACUCUACUGCUGUACGAACAACGUCGUACUCAAUGACUCCAAGAAGAGAUCGGGCGACUCCGCCCCAGACCUACCUAAGUGUGUUUUCAAAAGCUAAUUGCUAACAAGGCCCCGUGCCUAUAACAAUCAUUAAGAUUUUAUAAUCAUUUUUAGAACUUCAUAAUAUUAAAAUGGAUUUGAUCUCAUAUGCAGCCACCAGUGGAAUAUUAUUAACAAACUAAUGAAGGCUAACACGGAAGAGUCCUAUGUUAUUGUUCACUUUAUAUAUUACAUUCAUAUACUUUGUACCCAGUAACCAAUGGUGCCUUAUAGAAACUUGUUCGUUCAUUUUUGGGUUCGCAAACAUUCGUUUGGAUUGUACUGGACGCACGACGCACGACGCACGUAGCGCGCAACGCAUGCGCAGUGCAGUAUUACGGAGCACUUUAUGUUAUUCUCUAUAUGUAUCGAGUCAAUGUGAUAAGUAUGCGUCCACGAACAUUGCGACACAUCAAUUUAUUUGAAUUCUCAUACACAAGAACAGAAUUCAGCGAAAUAAUCAAAACUUAGUGCUAAAAUAGUAAAAUUUUACUAUAAUUUUAAUGAUAACUGUAAAUAUAAGUUAAUUUUGUUACUUUAUAAAAUAAUUAGGUAUUAUAUUAUAGUAGUUGUUAAGUGUUGUAUGUUUAAUUCGCAAAUUGUUGCAAUAUGCGAUUAAAGUAAUGAGUAGUCAGAAUGAGGACGGACAUUAAACGAUUUUUGUCAGAGAUUUUAGUCCAAAGAUUAUUAAAUCUAAAUUCCCACCAAUUGGUAAGGAUAUGACAAAAUUACCAAAGGGACUUCUCAUCGUCUGCUUUGAAGUGAUUAUGAUAUUUUAACUUGUUUUAUCGACGAUUGUUUCCGUAACUCCACACGCAAUAGUCCAACGUAUUAUGAACUUAACGUGAACGCUCCAACACCGGGUGACGUCAACUUGUCGCUGAUCUCGUGGUAAGGGAUUGUAAUGUCUUACUAGUUAUGAAAUUAAAUUAGUUGUAUUAUUUUCAAUUUUUAUAGCUCCUAGCGUACACCGAAGAUAUGUCGAUAAGUUUUAUUUUGUAAAAUAUCUCUCCUCCAUCAAUAUGAUACUUGUUUCGUGUCGUGCAAUGCGGUUGGUAGGUUAGAAUUUGUGAAACUUUUGUCUUGGUACUUUCACACGGUGCUGUUCACUCGAUUUUAAAUGUAACACAAAUGUAAAACGAUGUCUUCCCCGUAUUAACAAUUCUUUUGGUCUGACUCCAGUUCACAUAGGUCUGUAUCUACUUGUAUUAAAGACUACAGUCUAAUAUAAUUGUGUUUUGCUCCCAUUUUUGUGCUAAUAAAUAUAUCUACACGUUUACUUGUAAGCGAAGCCAUUGUAAGUGAGACCUAAAGUAGUUACGGCCAAAUUUCUGAAUGUAUAAGUGUCGUUGUAUGUAUUGAUGGAAGAUAUAAAAUUAAAUAUAUAUAUUUACGAAAUUAUAAA